CUCGUCUGCGGCCUCUCUCGCCGAGUGCGCGUCGCGCUCGUCGCUCAACAACCUCCCCGGGCUCACUCGGCUCCCUCGUGCCUCCCGACUCCGCGGGGCCGCUACUGCUACCGCUGCUGCUGUUGUUGUUGUUGUUUGGUUCGCCGUCGACAUCGAUGGGUUUCUUUGUUUUCCCCCGAGAAAGAGGAGCCGCCGUGAAGAUGUGAAGCGCGCGCGCGGUAAAACACUUGUGGCUGGAACCUCUCGCUGCCAAAGCUGCGUCCUGUCACCGCUUGCCGUACGAAUUGUAAUUUUGAAAAGGUCACAUGAAGGUGUCAAGCACUGUGGCGAUGUGGCAAGACUGGCUGCUGGUGGCGCUGUCACUGUUGCUGACCAUCUCGUGUGUUGUUGCGUUCAUGCUGUGCGGGUGGUAUGUGGUGUGGAAACUGUUCCUCUCCAAGUUCAAGUUCCUGCGCGAGAUUGUGGGAGAGACGCAGGCGCAGACGCAAGCCAAGCUGCGUGCGUCCGCCGAGGAUAGCCCGACUGCACACGCGAAAGCUCGACACAGAGUCAGCUUCGAACACAGCGCUGCUCCUCCCAUGCACAGCACGUACAGCCAGGGCUAUUAAUAACGUCGGGGUCUUCACAGCACCACAUCACACCGUGCAUAUAUCAAGCUGCUCAAGUACUGUAACAACGUGUGCAAAACCUUGAACACAGAAUGUACAACAAUCUGUUUCAUAUUAUGCAUAUUCAUGGUGCCUACCUUGCUUAAGUCGGCCGCACAUUAGGGGCAAUAAGGUCAAAGUGGCUCGUUUUGUAAGCCACUGAAAAAUUUCCUGCCAUAAAUCGCCUCUUCUGCGCAGUAUUCACUUUCAUUAUCAGACACCCUGACAAAUAUGACACUUAUUUAAUUUGGUGAAUUACAAGCAGACUGCUUUUGUAAAAAAUUGUUUCCAGCUGAAUUGCAUAGCGAGAUAUUUGAAAAAAAUAUAUUUUUAAUAUUUAGCUAUGUAAUAAAUAUAUUAAGGUUUCUUAAUAUAUUUAUUAUACGUGUAAGCAAACUGUAAAAGGUUUUUAAAACGUGAUUCGGCAAUCGUGUACUAAUUCAGUCGGGCAAGUGCAACAUGCGACCCAGUUUUUUGUGCCCAAUUUCACUCCCAAGUUUUGGUGGAGCCUGAAGCGCAAGCAAAGUUCAACAAUUAAUCAUGAGGGGAUGAGGCGAGGACAUAAUUCGCACUUAGUUGCUAAGAUGUGGGAUAACUGCCAAUUGGAGACUCAAGCAAUGAAAAGUGAACCAGGCAAAAUUAACAUUUACUUUCCUGUUUGCCUAUCUUUGUAUAAAAAACAAUAAUACCAAGUUGUCUCAAUGUAUGGCCAGCGUUAGAUCCAGAUUAAUCGUACGUUGCCGAUAUCCAUGCCUUGAUCCAUUUGUAUUUUCUUCCACUGUAUUUGCUUGUUCAAUGAAAAUGCCUUAGUUCUUUUUUAAUCAGUGUUUUAAGUUAUUGUCUUGAAUCUAUAUAAAAAAGGACUUGGAAGUUGAGCAUAAAUCUUAACAGGAUUUUAUCACAAGGUGAUAUCCUUGUACCUAGAUUCAUCCUGAGCUAACGUGAACACAAUUCAUUGUACUGUGGUAUGCAAAUGUACUUGAUUUUUUUUUUACCAUAGCCUGUACUCCAGCUCAUUGCAUGGUCGUAUCCGCGUGUUUAAUCAAACCUCGCGGACGCUUGGGUCAGUGGGGGGGGGUCUGCGAAAGGUUCCCAUGUGGGUAAAUCCCACUGUGCACAAAAUAACGUUGGCCAAGUGUCGUGUGUCAAAACAGCCUGUCCAAAUUGCCAUCACGACUCAACUGUGAUACACGUGUUUAAGCUACUGUGGCUCUUAACAAAUGUACAGGGUAUACAGUACUGUAUAUUGUUUGUCACGCACACCCAAUUGAUACAUUACCUAUACUGUAUUUACAUUUCAAUGGUUGGUUGAAAUGGGGAUAUUUAGUGAUUUUUGGGUCCAUAGGACUGGAGUUGAGAACCACUCAUGGUUAAAUCAUUUACUUGGCAACCUAUUUACACAGCUAUAAACUUUGUUGGAUUACUGGAGGAUCAUGUGCAUCUACAGUAAAGGAAAAGCUGCAAACCUAGCAAUUGAUUAAACACUCAGGCUGUGAUAUAAUUACCUCAAGUUGCACAAUAUUUAUGUAUUAACCCUACGUGUAAUAUGAACUACUUGGCUAACUGGUAGCCUUAACAUUGUUGCAGCUGUUAAGAUACUUGUAAAAUGAGAAUGAGUUCCAAAGUGAAGAAACAGUACAUGAUGUUGAGAUGUGCAUUUUCAAAGUCAUGGAUACGAAUGUACAUAGCUGUGGCUUUGACAAAACAUUUGGCGUUCUCCUGAUUUGUGCACAAUGAAUGGUUUGUCUGUGCGUACCUUCGGCAGCAGGUUUAAUUCAUGGAGGGCCAUCUACUGACAGAGCCGUGUGUCCCCGGCAUUUCAAAACCAUGCUUGAUCGGAGCUGUAAUCCUCAGAGCAACCUCGUGUCUCCAUAAAAUGUCUGGAGACAUAACCCGGACCAAACGUCCAUAAGCAUACAGCAGUUUGUUUUUACGGCUGAUGGCAAAUGAGAAAUCUGUGAUGAAGAAUUCUUACAUUGAAAAAAAUUAUUUGCAGUAAUAACUUUAAAAUAACGAAUAUGGCGCUUGUAAUAUAUUAAUCUGUAGCAACUAUGAUUUAAUGUUUAUCCAGUUUAUAAAAGCACCCCCUCGAGAGUUUUUAAUUCCCAGUACAUUGUAGAAGAACAGGAGAAAAACAGUGCUAUACAAGAAACAGGCUCUAGUUGCAUCAAGUAGCUUAUCUCAUAAAAAAGAAACAUGCUUAGCCAUUCCAGGGUUAGUUCCGGCUCAUGUUGGCCAGAACUUUAUGGUGGAUCGUGCAACCAUUGAGAGCUACCAAAAUGGAUCCCACUGCGUGGUGUAUUGGCCACCGCUAUGGUGUUCCACAAAGUUUAAGUUUUGGGCCUCUCAAUCUCUUAAUAUACAACUACUGCCAUGCCGGUUGCAAACCAGUGGCAUAUCUCCAUUGAUUGUUCGUUCUAUCGUCAUGCAUUUAUCGGUAUCCUCUUGGAUUUUGGCUCAGAUUUUCACCAGGUGAAUUUUUCCAAUAACUGAAUCUCCUCUUGGAGGAAGAACAAAUUAUUCAAAGUAAUCGUUGGGCAGGUUUCUCUUUGCCAUGAGCCUUGACAAUCACCACCAAGAGCGUGUACCCCCCCCCCCCCUUCGCCUGCAGUGGAGCACAAUUUAUGAUUAUUGGUGCGAGGCCAGUAAUAGCAUACAGGGUAUUAGAAUGCAAAAUAUCCAUGUCCGGAUAAAGAUACCAUGGCAUGUGCAGCACUAUGUAGUGCACCCCCCCCCCCCCCCGUGGCCUGGUGCUAGCACGUUCACCGCUUGUUGCAGAGGUUCACGGUUCGAAUCCAGCGAAUGCCACGAUUUUACCGCAGCUGUAAACACGUUCCUUCGGAGUGGGCAGCUAGGAACUUGGUUGGACAGCGCAUUCGUGCACGACAGACAUAAUCUCUGGUGGGCAGUGUGGAACCUGUUGUUCCUACCUGUAUAACCGCGAUAUGACGACGUUCUGUCUGCGUCACACGGCCUUGACACAAGCCGAACAAGGCGGUGGGACUGACUGCCCUCGAGGCCCGGGGCCACCGCAGCACCGCGUCCACGCCAGGGGGCCCUACGGCCCCUCCAGAGCACGCGGGGUCGCGGCGCUCUGGGCCCCGUGUGUGCGUUACCGCGAGCAGCGGCCCCAGCAAGAGGCUGUGUUCUCAAGCAAGUGGCCUUCCGUGUUUGUUGAUAAACGAAGCUAAUGGCAAUAUAUACAGUCAACCGUGUAUAUGUAUUUUAAGGCAGUGUUAUCCACGAUUGUGUUGGCUUUAAUGACUUAAGUGGUGAUUCGUUUUCCUCUCUUUGUACUGAAAAACGAAUUUCUUCACAUCAUCAUCAACCAUGAUCAAUCCAUUGCUGGAUGAAGGCUUCCUCCAAGAGGCCGCUAUC